AUGGUGGUUAAUGACGCGAGAAAGAAGAAGGUGCCACAGAGGAAGCGAAGGACGAGGAGGCGGCAGACUAAAUUUUCCUGCGAGGACUUGUUGGACGAGAUAGUGUGGGAGAUCUUAAUCAGGCUUCCCGUGGAAUCACUGGUGAGGUUCAAGUCGGUCAGCAAGGCUUGGCGCACCAUCAUCUCGGAUCCUGUUUUUGUUCGUGCGCACCUCCAUCACUCCAAACAGAAACAUCACAACCCGUUAUCCUUCCUUAUCAUCCCCCAGAUUUAUCUGGAACCGGAUCCUUCCAACAUUGUCUCCACCAACAUCCGCCUCUACCACUGCUCUUUACAACAACAACAACAACAACAACAAGAUGACAGAAUGAGCAGUAGUGCAAUUGCAACACUCCUUUACGGGAAGCACUUCCAGGCAGGCGAGUUUGGGUUGGUGUCCCAAAUGGCACACUGCGAUGGCUUGGUGCUGCUACCCAUCGACACCAACACCUACAUCUUUAACCCUGCCAUGAGAGAUGUCGUCGAGCUGCCUAAGAGCCACCGCAACAUGUUGCAACAUUCAGCCUGCCUUCCAAUUGGAUUUGGCCUUGAUGCUUCCACGGGCAGAUACAAGGUUGUGCGCUCUUUCUACUAUUCAAGUGAUUGCCAUCACAUUGCGAUGGGAAUGGAAGUGUUCAUCAUUAAUGAUGACCAAGAUGGAUCUUGGAGGGAAACCUUGACUGAUCCACCUGCCCUUAUCUCGUGUCCUCAGACUGCCAUACAUUGCAAGGGGUGUCUGUUCUAUUUCAUUGAUAGAAAAAUCCACAGCUGCUCCACGCGGGUGCUACUCCGUUUCAGCCUUGGGGACGAAACAUUUGGUUUUACUCCAUUGCUUCCUAAUAUGUACACUCAAGUUGAAGAUGAAGAUAUUAUUAUCCAUGAGCUCGAUGGGGAAUUAUGCGCUACCAUCUUUUCGAAGGUCCAGAGGCAAGUCUUGAUAUGGAUGACAAGAGAUAUCCCAGAUCCACAAUGGAAGUGUCAUCGCAUAAUCAAUUUCUCAGAGCCGUGCUAUCCAAUAGCCUCGCUAAGCCAUGGUGGGUUUCUUUUAAGAAGAGGCAAUAGUCUCUUCCGUUAUUACUUGGAAGCUCACGGCAUAAAAGAAGAAGACACAUUGGAUAUCGAUGACUUAAGGUUCAUUGGACCUACCGAAGACACCAUGGGGCAUGCAUGGGAAAACGUGUGUUGGUUCGACAUACUUUUGUACACGGAAAGCCUUGUUCCAAUUACUCCCAAGGCGAGCUUACAAGCCUUGUAAUGUGUA